AUGUCAGCAGCGGAGACAGUAUGGAUUAAAAUGACACAACAAACAAACAGAAUGAUAAUAGACAUUGCAAUAUCAGUAGAUCAUGACGGGAUACAGAGAUGCAGCAGUAGAAUCCAAGGUUACAAUCCAAUCUACAUUCCACGAAAGUCAGCCUUAGCAAGACGGAUAAUUGAGCAUUGCCAUAUUCUAACAUUACACGGCGGAGUAGCCAAAACAAUGAGUAAGGUGAGAGAGAAAUUUAAAUACUGGAUUCUAAAACUGAGAUCCCUAGUCAAAUCAAUACUACACAAUUGCAACCAUUGCAAAAAGUACCGUGCAAAAAUGUUGGAUGCACCUGUGACAUCAGUUCUACCUGCCUUCCGAACUGAAUUUACUGAGCCCUUUGAUGUGACAGGUGUGGACUUUGCAGGACCACUUCACUACAAAUUAGGCAAGAGUGAAACGAAUAAGGCUUACAUCGCUCUCUUCACAUGUGCAACUACCAGAGCUGUACACUUAAAGCUGUGCAUAGAUAUGUCAACGAAGGAGUUUGUUGCACGGAGAGGAUCACCAAGUUGUAUGGUGAGUGACAAUGCCAAGACAUUUGUUGCGACCAAGAUGUGGCUAACUAAGCUUCAGAAUGAUGAAGAUAUAUUUAACUACCUCACAACAAAGGGCAUUGAGUGGAGAUUUAACCUGUCACGCUCUCCAUGGUGGGGUGGUUUCUUUUAG